AUGAAUGAACAAGUGAAGCUAAAAACUCUGUGGGCAAGAGUCCUGAUUAUGGCUCCUCUGGCCUUUCUAUGGCUUGAGCCAUCUUAUGCAUCUGAUGAGCUCACUUUUCAGGAUGAGUCUCUACUGAUAUGGUAUUCUGGCAAAGCGGAGAAACAGAUUAAGCUAAGUCAUGUAUCGAGGAUUAUACCUGGGCAGCGUACUGCAAUAUUUCAGCGAUAUCCAAGGCCUGAUAAGGAAUACCAAUCUUUUUCCCUAAUAUACAGUGAUAGAUCCUUGGAUUUGAUAUGUAAGGAUAAGGAUGAAGCCGAGGUCUGGUUUGUUGGCCUUAAGGCAUUGAUUACACGUGGUAGCUACCGCAAAUGGAGACCUGAACCAAGGAGCGAUAGAAUUUCAGCUGAUAGUUCAAACUUCCUUACUCAAGGAAACUCCCCCUUGGGACCAAGUGGCAAUAAUGAUUUCUUCCAAAAGGAUCCUGGAGAGACUCAACGAAUUCUGCUUCCUUGUGAGAGCCUUUCACAGAUUGGUUUAGGAAAGGCAUUCUCCGAUGUGAUAUCAUAUACUGCUGUUGCCAAGGGUCCCAUCCUUUCAGAGUCAGUUUCCAAUUCUUUCGGCUCAUUUUCAUCUGGUGCUGAUAAUUCUAAUGGUCGGGGUUCUACAGUAGAUAAUGUUAGAGUUAGUUUAUCUAGUGCAGUUAGCUCAUCGAGCCAGGGAUCUGGUCCUGAAGAUUUUGAUGCGUUAGGUGAUGUUUUCAUCUGGGGAGAAGGCCUUGGGGAUGGGAUCCUUGGUGGUGGUACUAAAAGGGCCGGAAGUUCAUUUGCCACCAAGAUGGAUGCGCUUUUUCCAAAGGCACUACCAUCAUCAGUAGUACUUGAUGUCCAUAAUAUUGCCUGUGGUGGUAGGCAUGCUGUUUUAGUCACUAAACAAGGGGAAAUCUUUAGUUGGGGAGAGGAAUCAGGAGGUAGGCUCGGGCAUGGAGUAGAAGCUGAUGUUUCCCAGCCAAAGCUCAUUAACACUCUCAGUGGCAUGAACAUUGAACUAGUCACAUGUGGGGAGUAUCACACUUGUGCUGUUACAUUGUCUGGAGAUCUUUAUACGUGGGGUGAUGGUAGUCACAAUUCUGGUCUUCUUGGGCAUGGAAGUGAGGCAAGUCACUGGAUCCCCAAAAAAGUAAAUGGUCAAAUGGAAGGGAUACGGGUUUCAUCUGUCUCUUGUGGACCUUGGCAUACUGCCGCUGUAACAUCUUCAGGACAACUUUUUACAUUUGGGGAUGGAACCUUUGGUGCCUUGGGCCAUGGAGAUCAUAGUAGUACUAGCAUGCCAAGAGAAGUUGAGACUCUAAAAGGUUUACGGACAGUGGGAGUAGCUUGUGGUGUUUGGCACACUGCUGCGGUUUUGGAAGUCAUGGAUGAGUCAUCUGGUUCUGGUAACUCCGCAUCUGGAAAUCUCUUUACCUGGGGAGAUGGGGAUAAAGGCCGACUUGGGCAUGGUGAUGAUGAACCUAGGUUAGUUCCAGAAUGUGUUGCUGCUUUGGUUGGUGAAAGUUUUUCUCAAGUAGCCUGUGGACAUGACAUUACAGUUGCUCUUACAUCCUCGGGACGAGUAUUUACAAUGGGAAGUACUAUUAAUGGACAGUUGGGGAAUCCUGAGGCUGAUGGAAAGCUUCCUACUUGCGUUGAGGGCAAGCUUGGCAACUGUUUUGUAGAGGAAAUAGCUUGUGGCUCUUAUCAUGUUGCUGUUUUGACCUCUAAAUCUGAAGUUUACACUUGGGGAAAGGGGGCAAAUGGCCGUCUAGGACAUGGAGACAAUGAUGACAGACAUAUGCCUACGCUUGUUGAAGCUCUGAAAGAUAAACAAGUUAAGAGUGUAGCAUGUGGUUCAAAUUUCACAGCUGUCAUCUUUAUUCAUAAAUGGGUCUCUAAUGCUGAUAACUCAUUAUGCUCUGGUUGUCGCAAUCAAUUUGGCUUCAGGAGAAAACGCCACAAUUGUUAUAACUGUGGGCUGGUCUUUUGCAAAGCGUGCAGUAGUAGGAAGUCAUUAAAAGCUUCAUUGGCUCCAAAUAUGAACAAGCCCUACCGUGUAUGCGAUGAUUGUUUUGUUAAACUCAAGAGGGUUGUGCAAUCCGGAUCAACCUCUCCCUUAUCAAAAGUUCAAGGUGGAUUUUUACAGAAUAUUUCCAGUGAGGUGGUAGAAAAAGAGAGUUCUGAUUCUAGAUUACAUGGUCAAACCACGAGGCUCUCCUCAGUUAACUCUUUCAAGCAGGCUGAAGUCAGACAGUCAAAGUGCAACAGGAAAUCGGAAACAAAUAACAGCCGUUUCUUACCCUCCGCGAACAGAAAUUUUCAAUGGGGGAACUUUUCUGUGUCAAAAACGUCAACCUCCUUGUUUGGAUCAUCAAAGAAAAUGAUUUCUGCAUCGGUUCCUGGUUCAAGGGUGGCUUCCCGGGCAACAUCUCCCUUAUCCAGAAAGCCUAGUCCACCUCAUUCUGCAACAUCCACACCAACACUUAUAACAUCAUCUGAAAUCACUGCUGAUGAUCCAAAGCAUACAAAUGACAGCAUCGACCAAGAAAUUACUAAGUUGAGGGCACAGGUAGAGGAACUUACCCUCAAAUCCCAACUUUUGGAAGCUGAGUUGGAGAGAACAUCGAGACAAUUGAAGGAGGCCACCUCAAUGGCAGGGGAUGAAACUGCUAAAUCCAAGGCUGCAAAGGAUGUAAUUAAAUCUCUAACGGCACAGUUGAAGGAAAUGGCUGAAAGGGUACCUGAGGGAUCUACUGCCAACAGCAGAUCAGGUUCAACUGCCAUGCAGACAGCCAGUAUUCCAAGUUCUGUUACGAAGGAGAGCCGUUUGAGCGGCCUAAGCUCUACACAACUGGAGUCCAAUGGUCUCUCCGUAAAUCCCGUCUCAUGCAAUGGAACAAAGAGCCAAACUGAUCCAGCAGAAUGGGUGAUACAAGAUGAACCAGGCGUGUACAUGACUCUUUCCUCCUUGCCAGGGGGUGGUAAAGAACUCAGGCGGGUACGCUUCAGUCGGAAACAGUUCACCGAGAAACAAGCAGAGAAGUGGUGGGAUGAAAAUAGGGGAAAGGUAUGCAAGAGGCAUGACAUCCGAAGAACAGAGAAAUGAAGAGCACCAGAGCCCCCCCCCCCCCCCCAAUCAGUACCUCCACAAGAAAACAUUGACAACCAGGUUGACUGACCGUAUGAUAUAAAAGAUCUUUCACUCUACCUGGAACUGUAAAUUCUUUUCUUCUUCCACAUUGUUCAUUCUUAGGUAGUGUGAGCCACACUUGAAAAUCCCUGGACCAGUUGUGCAGCAUGUAGGUUGGAAUGUAAGAAGCACGCAAGUUAAGACAAACUUAUGACAAAGAUGUGGACAAUCUGCAGCUGUCUGCUAUAUUGAGUUUGCUUUUGUGUUUUCUAUUCCAAGUCCACAAGGCUCCAUGCAUUUCCCGCUGAGGCAAUUUUCCACCGCGUCUCUUCUUUCCUAUUCUUUUCAGUUAGAUUUAAUCUUUUUGUAAGAAUAACUUACUUGAAGAAAACGAAGUAAUUGUUCUACUCCUUGUUAGAGGAUUUUCUUGGGUUAUUGCUAACAGAAGGCAGUUCAGUGGGAUCCAGUGUGGUUAAAAAGGCAGCUAUUUUUAGCUCACUAAUCUUAGUUUUCAUGGAAACUGUCUUUUGAUUGAUCAACAUAAUUUGUCCUUAAUCUCAAGUAUCAAGAAUCAUUCAACUAGGCUUCCA